CGGACGGCGCAGGAUCUAAAAUCGCGCUAGGCGCUGCUCUCCACGCUGCGCUACGCGCUCCGCUCUUCUCUUUUACUCCGUGUGGCCGAUCUACAAACCUCCGGCGUCCGGCUUUUUCGUGGGGGGGAAACCCUGAAACACGCAUAUCCCCGUGGCUUGCCUUUCGACCGCGCGGCCCGCUGCUAAACGUGGGUAACACACUACGGAACCCUAUACCGCCUUCUGUCCGCCGGAGUUACCGAGUGCCACACGCAGUAGUAGUCACGGUCAGGGAGGAGGGUCGCCCGCCGUGUCGUCUCUCGCGCGCUCGGACAGUCUACACGCUCGUCGCGCGGUGUCUCCUCUCUCGGUUCGCGCGCGUGCACCGUACACCGGAUCCUGCGGGUCUCACAUCGCGAUAUACCGUCGCGUCGCGUCGCGUUCACAUCUCGCGUUCGUCUUCGCCCUCGUCGACGUCGCGCGCGCGACAGAUCGUCGUUCCGAAACGAAACGUGAGCGCGCGCGCGCGCGCGUGCGGGGGGCCGCCCGGUGUUAGAAUCCCGUGCGGCGACGUGUGUAAAGGCGGCAACCGCGGAGCGCCCGGAGGUAACGUAUAUCUCUCUCGCGCGGAGAAAACAACGCCGCGCCGCGCGCGGGUCGUGGCAACGCCGCCGCCGUGCCGUCGCGCACCGUGUGCGUCACGCGCCGCGCGUCUUUUCGCCGUGAAACGCCGGAACACCCGCGCGAAGGUGUGCGAGCGGCGCAACGGUGAAUAGUGCUCGCGUCGUGGCGCCCGUCGUCGUCGUCAUCUUCGUCGUCGGGCGUCAUUGUGGCCGUUGCUCUCUCUCUCUCUCUCUCUCCCCCUCCCCCCCUCCACCCAUUGAUACCUCAGUGAACUCGGAGAGAAUGUAAACGUGGUUCUGUCAGUGAACAUCGUCGUCGUCGAUCGGUGAUCAUCGGUUGUGUGUCGAAACAGUGAAGUAGAACCCGGGACGUCUUUCUCGAAAGCGUCACGUCGCGUCGCGUCGCGUCGUGUGCCCCCGCGUGUGCACCGGAUGUGAAGGAGAGUGGACAGAGAGCGACUUUGCGCAGCGGAUCUCCCCGAGAAGAGGUACCUCACGGAUCGUGUCUCGAUGCGGCACUCUCGGCUGCCAGGCCUCGCGAACAACGCGACGCUCUAGGUAUUUCCUCUCCCCCUCUCUCUCUCUCUCGCCGAGAUAACCUCGCCAGUUGUUGACACCGCGUUGCGGAGGUCAAACCACGUGCCCGAGCGUAAGCUCCCGUCGCCUGUGACAUGCGGGAUUGACGAGAGGAGUCUCUCGCUCCUAACACCCCGAGUUGGUGCUCCCAGAGUACACCUGUGUUAUCCAGGACGUCCGAGGUGGAGCGUCGCUGCGACGAUGAUGAGGAAGCACGCGCAGCCGGGCCCAGCCGUCGCCGUCGUCGCCGUCGUACGAGUCCUACUACCGCAAACGUUACCCGCCGCCGCCGCCGAGCACUGCUGACAACGCACGUCCGCGACAGUUUGAAUUUUGAGCGUCGGGCCGCCGCCGGUUUCGUCUCCGAACGACGCCGUUCUCGCGUGUGGUGCGUGUAUGUGUGAGUCUCGGAGAAUACAGAGGACGAGACAACAAAAGGGAAAGGAUCCCGCGAAGAGAGACCUACGGAGAGAAAACGGAGAGAGUGACAGAGCGAGAGAGAAGGAUCGGCAAGCGGAGAGCGGAAGCGGAGCAGGCCGACGGGCCGGCGAUUGUCGAAGCGGAGUGGCGUCGGUCCGCGCGAGUGACGGCGCAUCCCGACGGCUGGCUUCAAAAGGAAGCGGAGGAAGAAGGCGGUUGAACCUCGCAGCGUGCCGUCGGCCGCCGACGGAGCCCGGAAUCCGGUGCGCCACGAAUCCAUCUCGUCGUCCUCUUUUUCCCGUCGGACGAGACGACCGAUCUCAUAUCUUUCUUUCUCUCCGUGCCGUGAAAGCCGAGCGUCACGCAGCGCGUCCGAGCAUUAAGCUUUAGCGCGCGCGCGCUACAACAGUGCCGAGAAAAAGUGUAGUGAAGUGUCGAGGCUCGCUUGCUUACAUUGUGGGAAAAUACAGCCGCUACGGUGGCUCAGCACGCAGAGUUCCCCGGCGCGGCCAGGGCGUUCAUGGCGCAGCCAAGGUACGAUGAUGGCGGGCUGCACGGGGGUUACCUCGAGGGCGGUGGCGGCGGUGGAGGCGCGGGGCUAUACGAUCCACACGGUAGUGCCCGCGGUGUUCCCGGCCUCCAUCACAGCCCACACCUGGGAGCUAUGGGCCCAGCACACCCCCAAUACCCACCGCCUCCUCCUCAGCCGCCGCAGCACGUUCUCGCGGCGGCAGCUGCGGCCGCGGCCUCCGCGGUGCCCGAUGUCCACAAACGUGACAAGGACGCCAUAUACGGACACCCCCUGUUCCCGCUCCUCGCACUCAUAUUCGAAAAGUGCGAGUUGGCAACGUGUACGCCGCGCGACCCCGGUGUAGCUGGUGGUGAUGUCUGUUCGUCAGAAAGCUUCAACGAGGAUAUCGCCGUUUUCUCAAAACAAAUCAGACAAGAGAAGCCGUACUACAUUGCAGAUCCGGAGGUGGACUCGCUGAUGGUUCAGGCGAUUCAAGUCCUCCGGUUUCACCUCCUCGAGCUCGAAAAGGUACACGAGCUGUGCGACAACUUCUGCCACCGGUACAUCAGCUGCCUGAAGGGCAAGAUGCCGAUCGACCUCGUGAUCGACGACCGAGAGAGCUCGAAGCCACCCGAGCUGGGUAACGGUCUGGACGGCAGCGGACCCAGAAGCACCGCCGACAGCACCAGCCAUACGGACGGGGCCAGCACGCCGGACGUCAGGCCGCCUUCCUCGUCGCUUUCGUAUCCCGGCGCGGGUGCUAACGACGACGCCCGUAGCCCCGGAAGUGGUGGUACACCCGGUCCCCUUAGCCAGCAAGCGCCAGCCAGCCUUGACUCAUCGGACCCAGAUGCAAUGGGCAAAUGGUGUCCACGUAGGGAAUGGAGUUCGCCUCCUGACGCGCAACGCGCGGCGUCCGACGCGCGUCGUGGUGUCCUUUACUCCUCGGUCUUCCUCGGCAGUCCCGUUGAGUAUUGCUUAAAAAGUGACGCGAGUAACGCGAGUAUCGGUAGCGGCGAGGGCACGGGCGAGGAAGAUGACGAUUCGUCAGGAAAGAAAAACCAAAAGAAACGGGGUAUCUUUCCUAAGGUUGCGACGAACAUCCUCAGGGCGUGGCUCUUUCAACAUCUUACGCAUCCAUAUCCCUCGGAAGACCAGAAAAAACAGUUGGCACAGGACACGGGGUUGACGAUUCUUCAAGUUAACAACUGGUUCAUAAACGCGAGACGUAGAAUCGUUCAACCGAUGAUCGACCAGAGUAAUCGAGCCGUGUUUCCACCAUUGUCCGCAGGACCGAGCGGGGCAUACAGUCCGGAUGCGACGAUGGGCUACAUGAUGGACGGACAGGCCAGCAUGAUGCACCGACCGCCCGGCGAUCCUACCUUUCACAAUCAGUACCAUUACCCAGAAUACUACGGACAUCACUUAUAAAGACUGAGGAUCGUCAACCUCGGAUGUUUCAGGAGUACUUGCAAAGUGGAAUGGAUGGUGAAACGACGGUUCUAGCGACACGAAAAGCGUGACGGACCUAUCGUGCUCCAGUUGGCGUAGAUCAGAAUCGGAGGACAACGAUGAAUCGUGACCUCCAGGACGAUCACCAUGGUAGUCCCGAUGAUUUCUUGCUACGCCGCACGACGAAAUGCGUGGACGUUUGGGUGCUUGGUUAAUGAGGAAAAAGACACGAGGGAAGAGAAGGACGAAGGAGCGAAGUGGUUCCCGUCUCCGAAAGAAAGGACAAAGCAGAUGAAACGCCGCGAGAAGCCGACGAGAGGAAGAUCGUGGAAUUGUCGAAGGAAGAAGGACAGAGCGAAGUGGCUGCGGAAGGCGACGCGAGGAAAGAAAGGACACGAAGGGGAAUGAAGCCGCGGCUUGGUCUCGAGAGUGACGCGGCCGCGAAGAAAUUCAUGUGAUUGUUCUUUGUACAAAUAUUGCGGUGUAAUAUUGUAGUGAUUGAAGAAUUUAAAUGUUAAAUUUUAAUACGGUCGCGAUCGAGAUAUAUUAAUGAAAUAUAAGUGAUAUAUAGGCAAUUUUAGCGGGCAUGUACAUUAAAAAGAAGAGGCAAAUACACCCGGUGCUCGCACGGAAUAUAGAAUAUGUUCAAGUGCACAGACGACGCAAGAGAGGUACAAGAAAGAGAGUACGAGAGACAUACGAAGAAAAAAAAUACGAAGCAGUAUAUAUAUAUAUGUAUGUAUACAUAUAUAUAUUAUAAAUAAAUAUAAAUAGCAAGACACAGAGGAUGAAAAGAGAAAGAAAAUUAUUAGAUGGCACGGGAGAUGUUUAAAGGUAUAUAAAAGUAAAAACGAACGCAAAUGCGGCGGAGAAUUAGGUCGAAUGACAUCGACGCGUGUGCCGGACUCGAGCGUCGACCAUUCAAUUGCAUAUAUAUAUAGGAAACAUUAAAAUUUGUACAGUUAUUAAUUAUAAAUGAAUUUACUAAUUAAUGG